AUGGUUUACUUUUAUCAAACACCCGAACUCUGGCGGUACUAUCUACUAUUGUUUGUACCACAAGUAUUGAUUGCUUUGAUUGUGUACUUGAUCACAUUUGUACUCGUUUAUCCAUGGUAUUCUUUCUUAAGUAUAAUUACUCUGGGUCCUCUUGGAAUAUUUGGGGCCUGGUUAGGUGUAUUGAGCAUGUCAGGUUUUAUUUCUCAAUUCAUCAUCUCCUUUUUACUAAUGCCAUAUAUACAGCAAAUUACUUUUGAUCUUGUUUUAUGUAAAGAGUUCCCAAACAAUAAAACAUUACAAGCAAAAUUGAAAAAUAUAAAGAAAGUCCCCUACCUUGUCAAGUGUGGAUAUCUCUUCACUGCAAUUCCAAGUAAUUUGGUACUUUGCUACGUGAUAUUAAAAACUAUACUCAUGUUUAUUGUUGGACUUUUACCUUACAUUGGCUGGACCGCUGUGUUUUUGCAAGCACCAUCAAAAGGAUUACAAUCACACGCUAGAUAUUUCAUCUUGCGGGGCUACGAGCUCUCGGACAUCAAAAAAGCUUACAGAGACAAUCCAGGGGGAUAUGUAGGGUUUGGUGUUAUGUCAUUUUUAUUAGAGUCUAUACCGGUUAUAAAUGUGUUCUUUAUGUUUACCAAUAAUGUGGGAGCUACUCUUUGGGUGAUUGAUAUAGAGCAUGAACGAUUGAAAAAGAAAAUCUUACCUCCAAGCGGAACUGAAAACAUAAUUGUUGAAACAACCAUAGCUCACCACGUGCCUGACAAUGUAGGUAGCUCAAUAUAA